ACACCUGUUCCGUCAACGUCGAGAGUCGAGGGGUACUCAGUCUGGUCCGGUCAGUCAUUCAAGUCAUGUCGUAGCGGGAAUCACGCGAGAUCUCCAGAUGCAACGGUUCAUCAAAUCUGGCGACGCAUACGCACGCAGCCUGUCAAAACCGAACGCAGCGUUUUCUAAGGAACGUCGCACGAUUCACUACUUCUACGUUCGUUCCCCUGUGACGCUACGGAAGCCUAGGAAAUUUGAAAAUGAGAAUAAUAUUUGUAAAAUUUCGCGAGAUUUCGCAAAAAUAUCCUAUUGUUCGAGGCAUGGCGUCCUACUCAAUUAUAUGGCCAACUGCAAAUCUGUUGCAACAGAAGAUAAUGGGCAAAGAAGAAUUUAAUUACACAGAAGCUGUGCGAUUUAGUUUGUACGGUGGUCUUUACGUAGCGCCAACAUUAUUUUGCUGGCUAAAAUGCGCUUCUCACUUCUGGCCGAAAGCGGAUUUGAAGUCUGCAAUCAUUAAGGCUUUGAUUGAACAAGUUACAUACGGUCCUGCAGCUAUGUGUUCCUUUUUCUUUGGCAUGAGUCUUCUUGAAUUAAAGCCAGUUUCGGAAUGCAUUGACGAGGUCAAAAUUAAAUUUUGGCCAACAUACAAGAUUGCUAUUUGUAUAUGGCCAAUUCUGCAAACCAUCAACUUCAUCCUAAUUCCGGAGCGAAAUCGUGUUGUAUAUGUCAGCGUAUGUAGUUUGAUCUGGACGUGUUUCCUUGCAUAUAUGAAAUCUCUUGAAGCCAAGCAUAAACAGAAAGAGCUGAUUAACAUUACUAAUGUUAAUUCCAAGAUAAUAUCAGAAAGUAAAACACAAACCAAUGAAAGAGUUAAUCAUAUGCAGAUUCCUCUACUACGAUAAAAGUUUUAGGAAAUACAGAAAUUGACAUGCUCUAUUAGAUUAAUUUAUUUGUACAUAUUUGUAAUUG